CCAUAAUCUCUCGCGCGUCGCGCCCCCGAAAACCAUUUUCAGUUUGAGAUUUCAGAGCCCUUUUCGAAUUUGUUCCCUCCGCCGCCAAUUUCAAAACCCCCCCAACUCCUAGAUAAAAAUAGCUUGUAAUCUUGCAUCUCAUUCAGAACGAAACCAAACCCUAAUAAAAUCAGCUACCCUCUGUUUCUUCCCCUCUCAAUCCCGCAAGAGAAAUUACAGAGCAACUGAGGUAGAAUAGAAAUGGCUACCCAGUUUCAAACUUUGCCUCCUCUCAAAAGGUUCAGGCUCUUGCAGCAGCAGCAGCAGAAAAAAGAAGAAGAAGAAAGCAAAGAAAAUAUUCCCCCGCCGUUUAUACCUUCUUCCUCUUCACAGCAGCUUCUUCCGGCCAAGAAGCGGAUUGAGUCUCGGAAGCCGCCACUUCUACCUCUUUCUCCUCCUCGUCCUGCAGCUGCUGCGGCAGUCACUUAUUCUCUGCCUACCAAGAAAAGGGUUUGGGCGUUUCAGCCUCCAGAUCUCGACGACCACGACUGCUCAGUUAAGCCGUCGCUGCUGUCACCACUUUUGCCUCUGGAUUUGAAUGUUCAGUACGACCCUCUGUAUGAUUACGAAGAAGCUCACAAUCAUAACAGGAACGAGAAGAAGAGACAGGUAGAUAACCAUAAGAUCCCAGUCUUGAGCUCACAAUCGACUGAAACCGCCCAAGCCGAUUGUGAACAUGAAAUUGGUCAAAUUGACAGUGAAGAAGAAGAUGAUGAUGAUGAAGACGGGAUCCUCUGCGCUGUCUGUGGCAGCACGGACGGAGACCCAUCGGAUCCCAUCGUGUUCUGCGACGGGUGUGAUCUAAUGGUCCACACAACAUGCUACGGUGCACCAUUGAUCAAUGGCGUGCCUGAAGGUGACUGGUUCUGUGCAGAGUGCUCUGUUUCCGAUGGGACGAAAAAGAAGGUCCCAUUGUCUUGUUGCCUCUGCCCCAAGCAGGACGGCGGGUUGAAGCCAACGAAAAGGGAUGGCGUGUGGGCACACAUAGUGUGCGCACUUCUAAUCCCUGAGGUGUUCUUUGAAGACCCGGAUGGCCGAGAAGGGAUCGAUUGUUCUAAAGUUCCCAAGAGAAGGUGGAGGGAGAAGUGUUAUGUUUGUAAAAGCAGGGAAGGGUGUGUGAUGGAGUGCUCUGAAAUGAAUUGUCCCCUGGCUUUUCAUAUCACUUGCGGGUUGAAGGAGGAGUUGUGUAUUGAGUAUAGAGAUGGAGGUAGUAAGAGUAAGGAAGCCAUUGUUGCUGGGUUCUGCAGAACGCAUACUGAGCUUUGGGAAAAGCAACAGAGGACAGGGAAGUACAAGAUUGUGGCCAGGGGAGAGCAGAGGAGGUAGCAAGCAAGUGAGCACCAUGGAUGGUUUGAGUUUCUAGGUUGACUGGUUGAGCUAAAGGUUCGAACUCAGGACAUGCAUUUUAUUUCCUUUUCAUCUUCGCAUUACUACUAGGUUAGAUCGGUCUGCUUAAUGUUUUGCAUCAAAGGUACAAGUUUUACUUCUCAAUGUAGAAUGGCAAGAAUAGUCUCUUGUAUUUGUAUCUUAAUUCUUCCUUUAACAGUAGAAUCUAGAGUUAAUACUGUGGGGUUAGUCUGUGAAAUGUCAGCACAGUUGAAUUUUCUUAAUUUUCUUCCUUCUAGGGAGUGGUUUACUUUUGUUGUUGGUCCAGAAGAGUUGACAUUUGUGUUCUUCGGUGGGUAUGAAUCAUUUUCCAGAAUGAAAUCGACUUUUGUUGACUAAUGAAAAUUCCAAUAGGUGCCUUUGGAUAGCAGCACAUUGACUUUGCUCAUGUGUUGUUCUAUUUACUGUCAAUCUCAUGCUGUGUUAGAUGGAUGUUCUGUGUUUGAUUUUUUUUCCCUUCCUUACAAUGUUCUAGAGUCUAAGACCAUUUGAUUCCUCCGAUCAUCAUUA